AGAAAAGAAUCCAUCUCCUUCUUCGUCCCUUCUCUCUUAUUCCCUUUCUCUCUUUCUAUUAUCUCUCUAUAUAAUGUUCUAAGAGUCGUGUAGAAGCAGUAACAGAAGCAACAGCCUCCUUAAUUUCCUUUCUCUUCGGCCCAUUUUUGUGGCUUACUUGAUCAGCAAUGGAAUGUGAUAAAGGUUUUUCGAGCAGUUACAUGAUCUUAAAGCCUGAAGAAGUAAAAUUCUUGGAUCUCAUUCACAUCUUAUUUUCCAGUGACAUAGAGAAAAGAAAAUUCGUUGACAGUGCUAAAGCCAAGGAGGAGAAUAGUUUGGAGCAUCGAUGGCUCAUAUUUAUCUCCAUUGUGGUUCAGAAGAUGCUGCAAUUCUCUUCCAAGCCAUUGUCAUUUCUUGGUUCGCUAGUGGAGAUGUGGCUCAACCUUUUGUCAAGCAAUGGAAACUUUUUCAGGCUCCUUUACAACGUCUUAAGAGGGAAGGUGGUGAUUCCUGAUAAAACAUCAGCAACUUUCAUUUCGUUUAUUGGAAAUUUCGACAAGCGACUUGAGUUGGACAAAAACAUCAAACGUGGAGAUGCAAGAUACCAUGCAGCUCUCUCUAUGAUGGCUUCUAAAGCUUCUUAUGAGAACGAGGCCUACCUUCGAACCAUAGUCAAUGAGCACUGGAAGAUGGAGUUCUUGGGAUUUUAUAACUACUGGAAUGAUUACCAAGAAAAACCCACAACCCAAGUCUUUCUAUUUCGUGAUAAAACAAAUGAGCAAGACACAGUUGUUGUAGCCUUUAGGGGCACCGAACCAUUCGAUGCAGAUGCUUGGUGUUCUGACUUCGAUAUCUCCUGGUAUGAACUUAAAGACAUAGGAAGGAUCCAUGGUGGUUUCAUGAAAGCCUUAGGGUUACAGAAGAGCAUCGGUUGGCCUAAGGAAUGCAUUGAAAACAAUGGUACUACUCGUAAGACUCCCUUGGCCUACUAUGCCAUUAGAGAAAUCUUGAGAGAAAUAUUAUCCAAAAAUGAUGGAGCAAAGUAUAUAUUAACUGGUCAUAGUUUAGGUGGGGCACUAGCAAUUCUCUUUCCAGCAGUUUUGGCAUAUCAUGGUGAGAAGAUGUUGCUGGAGAGAUUGGAAGGUGUUUAUACAUUUGGGCAGCCUAGGGUUGGAGAUGAAAGAUUUGGACUACACAUGGAAAGUAAUUUAAAAGAGAAUCGUAUUCCUUAUUACAGGUUUGUUUACAGUAAUGACAUGGUUCCCAGGUUGCCCUAUGAUGAUUCUGCACUUAUGUUCAAGCAUUUUGGGACCUGCAUCUACUAUGACAGGCACUAUCAACCACAGGUUGUUGCAGAAGAACCAAACAAGAAUUACUUCUCGCCAUUGAGGGCAAUACCCAUGAUGAUAAACGCAUUUAUGGAGCUAAUAAGAAGCUUCACAAUUUUAUACACAAAGGGACCAGAGUAUAGAGAAGGGUGGUUCAUGCGACUGUUUAGGUUAAUUGGCUUGGCAAUCCCUGGCGUACCACCUCAUUGUCCUCAAGAUUAUGUUAAUGCUACUCGUUUGGGACCUGUAGAAGUAUUUCAUCCACCUCAUGAGCAACCACAAAAUGAUUUUGCUUAGCCUGAUUUAGUUCAGUGGCUCAAGACCGGAGAAAGUGCGUUUUUUCAAACUCUUUUGCAUCUUAUUGAACAAUGGCAUGGAGAAGCCAGCAUUCGUGGACUAUCCCAAUGAGCAGAAGAACAUUCUUCUUCGCAAAUGGCUUAUGUUCCUCUCCCUCUUUGCGCAGAAGCUUCUGCAAUCUGU